GUAUCACAGCCCAUCAUGCCCGCUGGAGGCGACACUGUCGACAAGGAGAGCGUCUUCGCAAACUAUAAGUCAGUCUUCUCACGCCAGUUCGCCGUUUCCCUCGCCGUGGAGUUCGUGGGUGUGAUGUUCUUCCAGAUUCUCGGAGGCACCACUGCCAAAGAAUACGCUCCCUUUGUGAACGGCUUUGCCUUGGCCGUGUGGAUCUACGUUGCUGCCAACAUCAGCGGUGGCCACCUGAACCCUGCGGUGAGCUUCAGCACUGCUGUUUGUGGCUUCUACCCGGUCAUUCACACU